AUGGCUGAAACCCCUGAACAACUGCUUGAGAGAUUGAGAUCUCUUGAACAACUUUCUCAACGUAUGGGCUUAGUGUUACAAAACCAAUUAGGGAAUAAUGGUGGAGAGGACCCACAAGCUGUUAUGGCAAAGAAGUUAGCAACCCUUAAACCUCCAAUCUUUGUAGGAAAGGAAGACCCCUUACUCUUAGAGAAUUGGCUAAGAGACUUUGAUAAGUUAUUCACUGCUAUUGGGACACCUAAAGCUCAAAAAGUAGACCAAGCUACCUUUUAUUUGAGGGAGGAUGCAGACCCUUGGUGGGAGAGUCAAGGACCUAUUGUUAGAGCUCAGGAAAACUUUAAUUGGGAUGCUUUUAAGGUUGCUAUUAAGGAUAGGUUUUUCCCUGAACAUAUUAGGAGGCAGAAAUAUAAUGAGUUCACUAGAUUUAACCAGGGAGGUACUAUGUCUGUGCAAGAGUAUGCCCAAAAGUUUAAUGAGUUAGCUAGAUUUUGCCCUAAUGUUGUGCCAGAUGAGAGAGCCAAGGCUCAAAAUUUGAGGAUGGGUUAG